GUCUAGUGCCUAGUGUUCAUAUUUAUUCAUCAAAAUAAAAUAAUUGUACAAUGAAUUAAAUUAAAAUAGAUUAAUUGCAUUAGAAAAAUGAACUUAUCUCGAAUUAAUUGAGUUCAUUUAGACGUAUUUAGGCUAAUUUAUCACCGAAAUAUGAAAUUUGUUAUUCACACAAAUGGAGUCUUUGAAUUUAGAGUUCACAUACGACCCGUGCAAGGGAGACGUUCCUAAUCCGGCGAGCAAUUGCGUCGAUAGCGAAAAUGCCCAAAUAUCGGGCGACUCGCAGGAAAGCCUGGCCGAUAUCCAGCUAAAAACCGAGAAAAUCGCCAAAAAUGCGGCCAAAAUCAACUUGGCCAAAAAGAGGUUACAGGCUUACAGCAAACAAAUCGCCCGGGCGCCAAUUAAAGAUCUCAAAGCCGAAGCGAAAGACAAGCAGCCCGAGGUGCCCCCGUCGAAGAAAAAGAGAGACAUGUUCCACCACGAAAAAGCCAAAGCCGUGAUAAAGGAGAUCGAAGAGGAGAAACGGAGGGAACUGGAGCACAACAACAGGCGCCAAUUGCUGAUUAAAAACCACCAACCGUUCACCGACCACUACCUAUCGAGAGACGCCGCGGAGCAGUUCAAGAAGCGCGAGAUCAAGCAGCGAAACUACCGGCGCACCGACAGCGAAACGAAGGCGUCCAAGUCGCCGUCGCCGGGGGAGCGUCGCCGCCGCGGCGCCUCGUCCAGCCCCCAGGCGGCCGAGAGCUGCCCGAAGAGCUGGGCCGAGUACAAAUCGAGCACCGAGCGAAAGACGAGCGGUAGAAGCGACUCGAAGAGGAGGCCCGUCGACGAGACUUUAAACGAUUUGUACAGCUUCGAAGCUAAUUCUACGAGUGUCGAAUCGUUUAAGUGUUCGAUGGAGAAGGGGUCCAAGGAGGUGCCGCUUUUUUAUCUGAAACGAACGAAGGCGACUCCUUCCAUAGUGUACAGCGUGAAUUAUCAGAAAGUUAAAGACGGUUUUCUAACCAGAGAGCAACUGUUCGAAUUGAUUCCGGAUAAACGAUGUCAAAUAAUUAGGAAUAUAGUAAACUCUCAUUCCAAAUUGCAGCCAUUGAUUAAGAAGACGGAGAGCCGAUCGUGGUACAACAAGAUAUGGAGGAAACAUUCGGACGCGGAAUGCAAGAUUCUCGAAAAUUCGGUGGGUUUGUCGUUUCUACAAACCUACUCGGACGAAGAAGAAGAAAACGAGGCCGAAGAAGUGCUCGUAUGCAGCAGUAUUACCAACGCAGAAACCAAAAUAAACUGCGACGAAUUCGAAUUCACGUUGGGCGACGAGGAUUCGGGCAAUCUAACGCCCGAAUUGCCGCUGCCCGCGAACCUGCUCGAAAACGACGAGGCGAAGAAGCACGCCAAGAAGAAAACGGACAGUCCGCCGAAGAAGAAGAAAAAGAAGAAACGCAAACGGCGCGCGGACAGCGAUGGAAUCACAGAAAGUUCGGACGAAUCCAAAACGUCGAGAAAGGGCAAGAAAAAGACCAAAAAACGCGACGAAAAGGAGCGCAAACGCAGGAAAACGGAUCGCUCGAAACGGGCGAAACGCUCCCGCAGGAGCACCUCCUCGAGCACCACCGGCAACGACAAGAAAAAGAAUGUACAACGCAGCGAAUCGCCCGACAACGACGAUUCCAACACGCCCCCCUUAACCCUACCGGAGUCCAAAACGGAGUCCGAAUUGGAGCCCAAAAAACCCGAUUGGGAGAACGACUCGCUGGACAACAACCUCUCGAAGACCAAGCCGAGCUCGUCGUGGGAGAGCGACGAGGAGGUGGCGGUGCGCGAGCCGCAGGAGCGACCCACGCACACCACCAGGAACUACGAUCUGAUGGACCUGGAGCUCGAGAUACCCCUCAACAUAAAACCGUUCAAGAAACGCGACAUUAAUAACUUCGACAUCGAUUCGUUGAGCCUGCCGCGCCCUCUGGACGAGAAGAAUGCGUUGGAGAACGAGUACGUGGAGUUCAUAAAGGCGGUGACGAACGACGUACCGUCUAUACCGAUGCCUGAUGAUGUACCGGCGCCGGUACCGCAUCCGGUGAACGUCAAUUUAGUAACCGCAAUAGUACCGGAAGAUGCUGGUAUUAGCACGAAUGGUGCAUCGGUUGUUGCUGAAGUUGUACCGAAAGAUGGUGCCGAUGUAGGCGAUGCAAUUGUAGUACCAGAGGAACCUGUUAUUACUAGUUUCAACGAUAAUUCGACUGCAGGAAUCGAAUUUGUAGCGACUCCUGAAUGUAUCGAGACGACCAGUUCGUCUGCGGGAAUCGGAUUCGUGCCCGAAGAAACCGCCAAUUCGUCGGGCAUCGAGUCCAAUUCGCCGGUAACCUUCGGCUUCGUACCGGAGGAAACCACUUCCGCGAUGGUCGAAUCGAAUACCGAUAAAAUCGAAGCGAAACUCGACGAAAACCUCAUCGACAGCACCGAAACCAAACCGCUGACGUUCGCCAGUUUGGUGCUGCCCGCCAAGAAAUCUCUAUUGGACAAUUCGAAUUUGAAACUGGACGAUUCGGACGAGGACGUGGUCAAGAAACCGGCCGAAAAACCGGAGAAACCGAGAGAACCGAUCGUCGAUGCGAAGAAACCUGCGGCCGAAAAGCCCGUCGAAGUGAACAAAAGCGACAAAAAAUCGGAUUCGACGAAGAAGAGCAAGAAGAGGGAGCGAUCGCCGAGGCAACGGAGCCGGGAUUCACCGAAGCGCCGCCGAAGAUCGUCCAGAUCGCCGGAGAGGUACCGAGACAGAGACCUGAGGGACAGAGAUCGCGACGGCAGAAGGAAGAGCACAGGCGGAAGGAGGUACCCGUCGCACCGCAGCCCCGUGUCGUACUCGCCGCGCAGGCGCUCGCCGCGACGCAGCCCGUCGCCCAAGAGCCGCUCGAAGAGGCGCCCUUCCAAGGGCGACGCUGACCGGAAAUCGCCGAGCGCGGCCUCGCCCUUGGAGGGCCUCAAGCGCAGCGUGGCCGAUUCGACGAUACCCGACGAAUCGCUGCUGCCCGCCGCCAUUUUGGACGAGUACGCGCCGUCGCCGCUGGGGCGGUACUACGCCGGCGCCAAGCCGGAGGCGGCGAAGCGGCUGUCGUUGGACGAACGGAUCAACUUGGAGUUGGGCUGGGGCGGCGGUAAGGAAGAGGCCGCGCCGAUUAGUACCACGUACGACGGCUACCAUCAGUACGAUUCGAAUAGGUACCAUCACGGUGGGUAUCCGCAAGAGCCGGAUUAUUCGACGAACUUCGUGCAAGUGGGUAAUAUGGUGCAGAUCGUACCGAAGGAUUUCUCCGAAAUCGAUAGGCAAUUUCACGCCGAGAAUAAAUCGCAAAUUGUGCAGGUUGGUAACGUAUUGCAAAUUGUACCGGCCGAUAUACCAAUGGGGUAUCCGGGCGAGGCCUCUUCCUAUGCGGAUCCCGCGUGUCAGAUGGAGGGCAACAAUCUAGUAGCGGUGGAAAUGAAAAAUAAAAUGUUAGAACGGCGCGCCGAGAAAGAAAAGAGGAAAAAGGAAAGGGAGGCGAGACGGAAGGAGAAAGAGAACAAGAGGAGGGAAAAGGAGAAACGUAGGCUCCUCAAGGCGCAACAGAAAACGGAAAAUAUGAUAAUGAAAGCGUUGCAAUUAGAAGUGGAAAAUAACGAUGAAAUCGGAGAGGAAUUGAACGAGUCGACGACUCACUGGCCUCCGACUUUGGCUGUAACCGGCUCGAAGGAUACCACGAUAAACAGGAGUAUACUCGUAAGAGGAAAACAAAAAUCGAGUAGAUCGAAAAAUGUUCAAUUCGCCGAUGGCGUUCGGCCGGGCGAAGGAACAUCCCCUUCAGCGGGAGAAGACUUCGGCUCGCCGCCCCCUUCGCGAGUUCUACCCAAAGAGAAGCGCUACACGAAAACGAAACUGCGAGCGGCGGGAAACGCCAAAAAGAAAGUAAAGGUUAAAAUCAUCAAAUGCAAUACGGAGAGCAAGACUUUCGAAGAGGAACAUUACAACGGGGAAGACAGCGACGAGGUGGAGGAUCGGUCUCCGCCGCCGCCGCCUCCCGGUUCGCCGCCGCCGCACGUGUUCCCGCCGCGUUUGAAGACCGCCGUUCAUCCGUACAUGCUGGCCAAUCAGAACCAGCAGGUGUUCAAUUCGCCGUUGAAUUCCUACGUGCAUCCGAUGCCCGAUUCUCACAUGCAGAUGGUGCACAAUUUGGGGCACUAUCAAUUGGCGGCGGCCGUACCGCCGCCUCCGCCUCCAUCGGUGGUGGCUUCUUCGGAUUUGUCUUCGUACGGAGCUACCCGCAGCAGGACUCACCGUUAUAAAUACUGAAAAUAUCCAAACAAAUGGUGUAUUAGUGUUAUUUUUUAUAUUAUCUGACUAAUUAAUUGUUGAUUAUUAUUUACAAAUGAUUGUAAGUGGA